UUGUACAUUAUCUGGAGAGGGGGGCCUCCAGUGAACAAUUAUGUUGAAGGAGACAUUUUUAUUAUGUAUUAAAUGUAGCUCAGUAUUUGUAUGUAUUGUUAUAGAUUGUAACAUUUAUUAUUAGGUAAACUCAUGUAAAGCAUUUUUUGUAAGUAAGUACACCACUCGGCUGUGUAGUUAUAUUAUAAAAAGAAUCAUCUAACAUUUAAUUCUGAUAUUAGUAUGCACAACAAGAGACGUGAAGUGGUAGAAUAAUGCAUUAAAGUUGGGCCCUGAGGACAUCUGGAGACACAGCUGUUUCCGCAAAGCGUUGUUUACCCAGGUGGCUAAACCGAAUAAACUCAAGCAAGCAGCGUCGAGAAGUGAUCUGUGGAUCAAACCGAAAUUACAAGUGAAUUUUACACUUAAUGCAAAACUUUUGUCAUUUGUGACAAAGGAAAAAUCUACGGUCAACUUGAGUGGAAUAUAAAAGAUAUCCCAUCAAAUAUGACCUCAACUGUGCAAAUUAUGCUGAAUAUUUCACAAUGUGUCUAGUUCAGUGCUUUAAUGGCUUCCAGAGUUCCAACUAACUUCCUGCCAUAUGUGAACAAUUCCAGCACGAUUUCCACAGAGUUCUCCCUCCUCAUCUGCGAACAACAAACAGGAAACGCGUGUGGCGUGAAUUGACAGACGUAAGACUCGACCACUCCCACAGCGAGGGGUCGAAUCACACAGCCAAUCGCGUCGAACAAGAAAGGCGGGUCUUCCGCCUACGUGACGCAAAUUUCACUGGCAAUCUCCGAAGCCCCACCUUUUGUGUUUCGCGCACCGUCAAUCAAAUGUAAGAAAAAAAAUCGACCCGAAUCUCCGAUCACAGCCCGCCUUUGAUUAAAACAAUCAUGUUUGGAGUUUAAAUGAACAUAUAACCCUCCGAUUUUUUUACCUUUUCACGCUAUGACUGGUACGUAACACUUAGCCCGAUCGAAGUACAGCACCGCCGCCCCAGAACAGCCAGCGAAACAGCAGGAAAUGGCUGCCUUGGACGUGGACAGCAGUCAGAGCGAGUUUCUGCAGCCAGCCAGCGGCGCCCAGGACCAGCAGACCACAGACCUCAUGGCCAUCCAGUUGACGGGCUCAUCUGAUCGCUGGGAGGUUCUAACACCUGUGAGCUCAGUGAAAGACGAGUCGACGGUAGUGCAGGUAUCCAGCGGAGGAUUCCUGGGCACCAAUGGGCAAUAUGUGGUGCCACUGCAGACUAUGUCAGGGCACACCCAGCCUGUUUUUGUGACAGCAGGGGUAGAUGGCACCAGUGCCAAUGGGGUGCAAUACCAAGUUAUCCCCCAGUUGCAGGGCACAGAUGGGGCAUCAUUAAGCUAUGCAGCAUCCACUGCAGACGGAGCCACGAUGAGCACUGACAUUGCUAUCCUUCCGGAUGGUACACAAAGCAUUGCCACAGCCACCAGUGCUAAUGACCUCCAGGGCCUACUGAGUCAAACUGGGCAUAUGCAACAGAUUCCCACCGUCUCAUUGGCUGGCUCAGGGUUUGGCACGCAGGGCCAGGUUGUCGCUAACUUACCGAUGGGGCUGCCAGGCAACAUCACGUUAGUGCCAAUAAAUAGCUUGAGUAACAUGGAUCUUGAGUCUCUGGGAUUGGCUUGUGCUCAGACUAUAGCAACAAGCAUUACUGCAGAUGGCCAGCUCAUUAUGGCCAGCCCCACAUCCACAACAAGUGAAAACCAGUGUGAAAGCGGUGGCAAAUGCACAGAGCCACUUAACGGCAAUGAUUCUAAUACUAAUGCCUUUGUGCCAACCACCACCUGUUCCACAACAACGUCGCUCCCCGAGACGAUAGACGGGACUGGAGUUCUCACCCAAGCUACUGCCAUGUCUGCCGGGCAGCAGGACCCGUCUUUCAUGCAGCAGAACCACACCACUGGCACUGAACAGGUAGUGCAGCUCUUACCAACGCAGACGGCAGAUGGAGCGGCGCAGACACUACAAAACGUGCAGCUGUUGAAUGCUGGUACAUUUCUGAUACAAGCCCAAACCGUCUCUCCCACCGGACAGAUCCAGUGGCAGACCUUCCAGGUUCAGGGGGUUCAGAACCUGCAGAAUCUGCAGCUGCCGGCUGCUGGUGGGGUCUCGUCCCCACAGAUCACCCUUGCCCCAGUUCAGACCCUUUCUCUCGGGCAGACUGGCACAACAGGAGCAGGGGGUCAGAUCCCAAACCUUCAGACAGUCACAGUCAACUCUGUCGGUCAGUACCAACAAGAUGAGAACACAGAUGGCCACUCAGAUAUUCAUAUUAAAGAAGAGCCAGAGUCAGAUGAUUGGCCAAAUUCCACCCUGAACACCAAUGAUUUGUCCCAUCUUCGUGUGCGGUUGGUUGAGGAUGAUUUGGAAGGGACAGGGCAAGAGGGAAAGAGGCUGCGUAGGGUAGCCUGCACUUGCCCCAACUGCAAAGAGGCUGGAGGAAGAGGUUCAGGUACGGGGAAGAAGAAACAACACAUUUGUCAUAUCCCCGGGUGCGGUAAGGUGUAUGGCAAGACGUCUCACCUCCGAGCUCACCUGCGCUGGCACUCAGGAGAGAGACCAUUCAUUUGCUCCUGGAGUUACUGUGGCAAGAGGUUCACUCGCAGCGACGAACUCCAGCGUCACCGCAGAACACACACAGGAGAGAAGAAGUUUGUGUGUCCGGAGUGCUCGAAGCGUUUCAUGCGCAGCGACCAUUUGGCCAAACACAUUAAAACUCACCAGAACAAAAAAGGGCUAAACUCCAUCUCUGGGGCGGGUCAGACAGAAGCUGCCGCCCCGUCGGACACCAUCAUCACCGGGGGUGGAGCCACUCUCAUCCUGACCAAUCUGCAGCAGGCUGGCACCCAGGACCUCCUUUCAAACUCCGACCUCCCACUCCAGCUGGUCACUGUGUCUGCCAGUGAGGUCAUGGAGUGAUCAAAACGCCGCCCACUUUCACAGCUUAUCUGCUUUUCACUAUCAAUUUUUAUAUAUAUAUAUAUAUGAUAAAAGGAAAAAAAAAAAAUAUAUAUAUAUAUAUAUAUUAUAAAUAUAUAUAUUUUAAAAAUGACUUCAUUUAUGUUCAGUAGCAGGCUUUUGUACAAACAAGGCAAAAAAUGACAUUAAAUGUGGUUCCAGUUUCCAUGCACAUUCACACACUCACAUACACGCAAGCACCUACAUGCUCAAAUGAACUCGCUCUUAUACACACACAAAUAUAUACACAGAAAUGCCUUAUUUUGUAUCAUAAUCUGUAGUAUAAAAUGCUGGAGUUGCAUGUGUUUUUACUUUUGCUCAUAUAUUUGUUCAGGGGACGAUCAUUUGAGAGUGUGAUUGCGUAAUGGACGUUAUGGUACACAGAAAGCAGGAUACGUAUGUGUGCAAGUGAGUGAUUAUAGUGAGAAUGAUAGGAUAAGGACAGUCUGCUGCGAGGGAGAGUUACUCAUGAUCUGUCCAUUUUUAUCCUCCUCCCUCUCGGCUGGCCUUCGUCCAAAUGUGUCUUCACUCUUUGCUUUUAUUUUUUUAUUAUUUGAUGUCAUGUUAGUGGUCUUUGCGCUCUUGGUCUCAUGUCCUCUGGAUCAUGUUCGAGGAUCUUUUGAUUUCACUGUUCUGCCACCCACAUGCAACUCGAACAAGACAUCAGGCGGCGGAGUCGAACAGUAGUGUAAGAAACUUCCUUUUUCUUGUAUCGUUGUUCCUAUUGCUCUCCAGAUUACCUUUGUAACAUUCAUAAUGUCUCUUCUAUUUGUUUUCUUCAGCCCCAAGCUGUUUAUAGCCACAAUUUAUGUAGUCUAAUACUGAUUCUGUUGUAUCAAAGACUCUUUGUUUUGAUUACUUUUUAAACGUGAAAAAUUUGAUGUUACUUUUGUACAACAUUUUUCUUUGAAAUGGAACACAAUUAAAGUCGGAAACCUUCCU